UAAAAGGACCCGGAUGGAAUCUUCUACAUACAAGAAAUAAAAAUAUCUUUUCACUUUAUCUUUUCUCUCUCUUCUCCAUUUCACUCUCUUAUAGUAUAGUAUCGAAUGGUACAAAAUUCAUGGUGAUUUUCUUAUUUUCCUCUUCUAAUAUGGUAUCAUAGCUCGAAAUAGAGUAGAUCUCACUCAUAGCUAUCGACCAAUCCUACCCUCGAAGUAUUUCUUCAAUAUUUUUUCCAACAACUUUUCAUCUUGUUCGGCCGUUUUCAAGCUUUUUCGGUGAGAAUUUUCCAUAUUUGUUGCAUAAGCCUUUACUUCUUCAGCACAUAUCGAGAGAAAAUAUAAGAGGCCAAAGCAUGGAACACAAUAAGAACUACAAUAUUGAAACAAGUUGUAGCAGUACAACUUCCUCUGUUGAUUCACAUGAUGAGUUCAGGAUUAGAAUUGAGUCAUUUCAUGCGCGAGAGAACAGUGUUUCUAAGAAUGAGUCUGCUGAAAAGAAACUAUCUUGGCUGCGUUCUCAGAUCGUUGGUGAAAAUGUCGAUUUUGAGACGCCUUUUGGGAAACGAAGGCUGACUUAUGCUGAUCACACUGCCUCUGGAAGAUGCCUUCACUACAUUGAAAACUAUAUCAUCAAUAAUGUCCUUCCUUUCUAUGGCAACAGUCACACUAGCGAUAGUUACGUGGGAUACCAAACAACAAAAUUGGUGCAUGAGGCAGCAGCAUACGUGAAGAAAUGCUUAGGGGGAGGAGAAGAAGAUGCAAUCAUAUUCUGUGGUUCUGGUUCUACUGCUGCCAUUAAAAGGCUUCAAGAAAUCAUGGGGAUUUCAGUCCCUUCCAUCCUUAGAGAAAAAGUCCUCUCUAAAUGCUUUCAUAACGAAACCAAAGAGAGAUGGGUUGUCUUUGUUGGACCUUAUGAACAUCACUCAAACAUCCUUUCUUGGAGACAGAGUUUAGCUGAGGUUGUGGAAAUUGGUUUGGAAGAAAAUGGGCUAGUAGACAUGGAAGCCUUGAGGGUUCAGCUUGAGUUCUACAAGUCUAAGAAUAGGCCAUUGUUGGGUUCAUUCUCAGCUUGUAGUAAUGUCACUGGAACUUAUUCUGAUACUAGAGCCAUUGCAUGUCUUCUUCACAAAAAUGGAGCUUUUGCUUGCUUUGAUUUCGCAGCAAGUGCUCCGUACACAAAAAUAGACAUGAGAUCAGGAGACAUCGAUGGGUAUGAUGCUGUUUUCCUUAGUCCUCACAAGUUUCUUGGAGGGCCAGGGACACCUGGAAUCCUUGUAAUGAACAAGACACUCUAUCGGUUGAGAAAUUCACCUCCAUCAACUUGUGGUGGUGGAACUGUCGAUUUUGUCAACCCUUUCAAUGAAAAGGACACACUCUAUAUGGAGAACAUUGAAGAAAGGGAGGACGCCGGAACACCACCAAUCAUCCAGAAAGUGAGGACAGCUCUAGCAUUUUGGGUGAAAGAGUUCAUAGGUCACAAAGUAAUUGAAAGAAUGGAGCACACUUACAUUGAACUUGCACUACAAAGCCUUCUCCCAAAUCCUAACAUAUGGAUUUUGGGAAAUGUAAUGGCCAAGAGACAAGCUGUGCUUUCUUUUCUCAUUUAUACUACAACUCACUCUAUGUCAAGUGAUAAUAAUGGUGAUAAAAACGACCUUUACUUAUGGGGAGAAACAGGGAACAAAAGAGAUAAGCCUCUUCAUGGUCCUUUUGUCGCUAAGCUGCUUAAUGACCUAUUUGGUAUUCAGGCUCGAGGAGGAUGUGCUUGUGCCGGACCCUAUGGACAUAGCUUGCUCAAGGUUGAUGAACCUCAUUCUCUUGCCUUUAGAGAUGCAAUUCAAAUGGGAUAUAGUGGAGUAAAGCCUGGAUGGACAAGGGUCAGCUUCCCCUACUACAUGUCCAAGGAAGAAUUUGUGUUCAUUGUAGCAGCAAUAGAAUUUAUAUCUAUUUAUGGACAGAGAUUCCUCCCUUUGUACCAUUUCAACUGGAGGAAUGGUACCUGGACUUUCAAGAAAAAACUUUUCAAUUGCAACUUUUGCUGCUCACAAAUGAUGAAGGCAUUGAACAUGGGUUGCCAUGACACCAAAGAAAAUAAUCAUGGAGGAGGAAGCAUUACCAAAGAAGGCCUUGUUUACAAGUAUGUAAAGUACCUUGAGAUAGCCAAGCGCGUCGCUAGUCUACUUCCCAAGUUCCCACCCAAACGUAUGAUACCUGACGAAAUAGACCCCGAUCUUGUACCCUUUAGAAUCUGAAGAGCGUUAGCUUGUUCUGAUCCUUCUCCGAUAUGAUCACACACUUUCCAAUGCCUGGUUUGCAAAAUUCUAAGUUACAUGUAUAUUUUGAAACCAGAAUAAUAAAAACCUCAGGUGCUCAAACUGAAAUAUCAUCAAAUUGCUAGAAUACAUAUAAUAAAUA